AUCCCAUAAACAGGAAACAUUAAUGGGACGCUAAGUUGCCCCCAGGUGUGAUUGUGACUCUUGUCCGUCUGGCAACCAGUUCAGAAAGUCUCAAGCACUUUACCCUUGUUAGGAUAUGCAGCGAAGAAAAUGGAUGAAUUAAAGAAAGAAAGAAAACGUUCUUCCUGGGUUCCAUGUUCGCAACACCAGAACCAAUGUUUCACCUGCGCAUUCAUCGCAGAAGGACGCAGUGUUGGUUCACUGUUAAAAGCAAGAAAGAAAAACAAAUAUCGGUUCCGGGUCGCAGUGGUCAUUUCGCUGCUUCUCCUUCACUACACCCCCGGUCAGGAACCUGCCAGCGACGUCCCACGCGGCCCAGGUCUUGACUCGACGUCUUUAACGGUCGAAGAGAAUUCCGACGUUGGGAAGCCUCGCAGAUUAAGACCGAGAAUCGAGGACACUACAGCGAAGGAGGCGAGAAUAAGUGCGGGCCAUGGCUGAGGGGAUAAUUGCGUCUCAAAGUGAGCUGUGACAGAAUGGUGGACUGCCUGAGCAAAGUCAUGCCACACACGGUCAUCUCGGGCUGGCAGCCGGUCCUGGGACUGGUCCUGCUGGCCGUCUUCGUAGGCUCCGCCCUGGGCUGCCCCUCCCGCUGCGAGUGCUCGGCGCAGACCAAGGCCGUGGUGUGCCACCGUAAGCGCAUGCCCACCAUACCCGACGGCAUCCCGGGUGAGACCAGAAUCCUGGACCUGAGCAAGAACAAGCUGACCAUGAUCAACCCCGAUGAUUUCGCUGCCUUCCCGGGCCUGGAGGAACUGGACCUGAGCGGGAAUAUCAUCAGCUACGUGGAACCGGGUGCCUUCAACGCCCUGUUCGGCAUGCACUCUCUCAGCCUGAAGAGCAACCGGAUCAAGCUGAUCCCGCUCGGCGUCUUCUCGGGGCUGUCCAACCUCACCCGGCUCGACGUGAGCGACAACAAGAUCGUCAUCCUCCUGGACUACAUGUUCCAGGACCUGCACAAUCUUAAGUUUUUGGAGGUGGGCGACAACGACCUGGUUUACAUUUCCCAUCGCGCUUUUAGCGGACUUUUGAGCCUGGAGACGCUGACCCUGGAGAGGUGCAACCUGACCGUGGUGCCCUCCGAGGCCCUCUCGCACCUGCACAACUUGGUUAGCCUGCACCUGCGGUACCUCAGCAUCAGCACGUUGCAUCCGUACUCCUUCAAAAAGCUGUUCCGCCUGCGCCACUUGGAGAUCGACAACUGGCCCUCGCUGGAUCACCUGCCGGCAAAUACCCUCCACGGCCUCAACCUCACCAGUCUGUCCGUCACCAACACCAACCUGUCGUCUUUUCCCUACCAAGCCUUGAAGCACUUGCCCUUCCUGAUGCACCUCAACCUGUCCCACAACCGCAUCCGGCACAUCGAAGGCGGGAUGCUGAUGGACCUGGUCCGCCUUCGGGAGUUUCACCUGGUCGGCGCGCAGCUUACCGCCAUCGAACCGUACGCCUUCCAGGGCCUCCGGGGACUCAAAGUACUCAACGUGUCGCACAACCGACUCGACACCCUGGAAAAGGGGGUCUUCCAGUCCCCGGAAGCUUUGGAGGUCCUCCUCAUCGACGACAACCCGCUGGUGUGCGACUGCCGUCUCAUGUGGAUCUUACAGAAAAGGCACUCCAUCUUGUUCGGGGAUUCCCAGCCGGAGUGCAACACGCCCGAGGGGAUCCGGGGCAGGCCGUUCCAGGAGUUUAAGGAAAGUCUGCUGUCCUACUACGUGACCUGCACCAAGCCCAAAAUCCGCGAGAACAAGACGCAAACCGUGACGGUGGACGAGGGCCAGCAAGCUCUGCUGCACUGCAGUGCCGAGGGCACGCCGAGGCCCGUCGUGUCCUGGGUGUCCCCGCGGCGCCGCAUCCUGACGGCCAGGAGCCACGGUCGGCUGACGGUCCACAACAACGGUUCUCUCGAGAUCAAGUCGGCGGAGGUCCAAGACGGCGGCAUCUAUCUCUGCCUCGCCUCCAACACGGCCGGAAACGACACCCUGAUGACCUCGCUGGCCGUCAAGAGCCUGGGCUCGCUGUACGCCAACAGGACCCAGUACUACACCGACCCCAACAACGCCACUGCCAACGGGACCGCCAACGUCGCCCUGGGCUUGGACCUAAAGACCAUUUUGGUGUCGACAGCCAUGGGUUGCUUCACGUUCCUGGGGAUGGUCUUAUUUUGCUUCCUGCUCCUGUUCGUCUGGAGCCGAGGCAAAGGAAAACAUAAAAACAACAUCGACGUGGAGUACGUGCCUCGAUCCAAGUCCAAUGGCACCAACGUGGACUCGGCCGACAUCCAGGCCGGUCCACAUCGUUUCAACAUGAAAAUGAUGUGACUUGUUUUAU